UUCCAGUCCAAAUUCUGACAUCUGUCACUGUGCAUAGGGGACUGACGAGCAGUUUACUUUAGUUCCGACUUUAAGGCACACUGCGUUCUCCACUGUUUUGGGGGAGAAAGAGACCUCAGGCCCCGCACCCGGAUGCUCUGAUUCGUUCCGAUCUUUUGCUCUGCGCCAGGAAAUUUAAUUGCCCGCAUUCGCACAACGACCCAACCCCUCCCCCUCUUGCUCUCUCUAUCGCCGUUUGAGUCACCGGUGGUCAAGAUACUUAUCCGUCGGUUCGUGGCGCGAUCGGCGCCUUGGAGAUUCCCUCCUCCCCUUCCUCUAUAUCGUCCAUUUUCCAGAAUGGCCCAGCCCUCUGCUCCCCAAAACCCGACUGGUGAGCCCAAGGCUCCCGUCGACGUUCCUCCCCAGGCCGACGACCAGUUGCGGAACCAGGAUGCCAAUGCUGCCGCUCAGCCCGCCGAGGGCCAGAAGGUGAAGAGCGAGAAGGAACUGGAGCGUGAACGUCGCAAGGCCGAGAAGGCGAAGAAGUUCGCCGAGAAGCAGGCCAAGGCCGCUGCUGCGAAGACUGCCGCCCCCAAGGCCGAGAAGAAGCCCAAGGUCGAGAAGGAGAAGACCACUGAUGCCUACGACCCCAAGGUCAUCGAGGCUGGCCGUUACGAAUGGUGGGAGGAACGCGGCCUGUUCAAGCCCGAGUUCGGCUCGGACAACAAGGUCAAGCCUGAAGGUUACUUCGUCAUUCCUAUCCCUCCUCCCAAUGUGACCGGUGCCCUGCACAUGGGUCACGCCCUUACCAACGCCCUCCAAGACACCAUGAUCCGCUGGCAGCGCAUGAAGGGCAAGACUACCCUGUGGCUGCCGGGUAUGGACCACGCUGGUAUCUCCACCCAGAGUGUCGUCGAGAAGAUGCUCUGGAAGUUGGAGAAGAAGACCCGUCACGACCUGGGUCGUGAGGCCUUCCUCGAGCGCGUGUGGGACUGGAAGAAGGAAUACCAUGCCAACAUCAAGAACGCCCUUCGCAGAGUCGGUGGUUCCUUCGACUGGACCCGCGAGGCCUUCACCAUGGACCCCAACCUGUCCGCUGCCGUCACGGAGACUUUCGUUCGCCUCCACGAGGAGGGUAUCAUCUACCGUGCCAACCGCCUGGUCAACUGGUGUGUGGCUCUGAACACCUCUCUGUCCAACCUUGAAGUUGAGAACAAGGAGGUUGAGGGUCGUACUCUCCUCGACGUGCCGGGCUACGACAAGAAGAUCGAGUUCGGUGUCUUGACUCACUUCUGCUACGAGGUCGAUGUCGAUGGUAAGACCGAGCGUAUCGAGAUCGCCACCACUCGUCCCGAGACCAUGAUCGGUGACAGUGGUAUUGCUGUCCACCCCGACGACAAGCGCUACGCCCACUUGGUCGGCAAGAACGCUCGCCACCCCUUCGUUGACCGCUUGAUGCCCAUCGUUGCCGACAAGGAUGUCGACCCCGAGUUCGGUACUGGUGCCGUCAAGAUCACCCCCGCCCACGAUUUCAAUGAUUUCAACCGUGGAAAGGCCCACAACCUCGAGUUCAUCUCUGUGCUGAAUGACGAUGGUACCUUCAACAGCAAGGGUGGUCCCUUCGCUGGCAUGAAGCGCUUCGAUGCCCGUUACAAGGUCAUUGAGAUGCUGAAGGAGAAGGGUCUCUACGUCAAGUGGGAGAACAACCCCAUGAAGAUCCCCCGCUGCGCCAAGUCCAACGAUGUUAUCGAACCCAUCCUCAAGCCCCAGUGGUGGAUGAAGAUGGAGAGUCUCGCCAAGCCGGCUCUCGAGGCCGUUGAGAAGGGCGAGAUUGUCAUCAAGCCCGAGUCUGCCGAGAAGAGCUACUACCGCUGGAUGACCAACAUCAACGACUGGUGUUUGUCCCGUCAGCUGUGGUGGGGUCACCAGGCUCCAGCCUACUUCGUUCAGAUCGAGGGUGAGGAGAACGAUGACAGCGAUGGCGAGCGCUGGGUCACUGGCCGCACCGAGGAGGCUGCCCGGGAGAAGGCUGAAGCCAAGUUCCCUGGCAAGAAGUUCAGCUUGGUCCGGGAUCCUGAUGUCCUUGAUACCUGGUUCUCUUCUGGACUGUGGCCGUUCUCGACCCUGGGCUGGCCCAACAAGACCCACGACCUGGAGAACCUGUACCCCACUUCCGUCUUGGAGACGGGUUGGGAUAUUCUGUUCUUCUGGGUUGCCAGAAUGAUCAUGCUUGGUAUUAAGAUGACCGGCCAGGUUCCCUUCCGGGAGGUGUACUGCCACUCUCUGAUCCGUGAUUCCGAGGGCCGCAAGAUGUCCAAGUCUCUGGGUAACGUUGUUGACCCUCUGGAUGUCAUGGAGGGUAUCCAGCUCCAGGAACUCCACGCCAAGCUGCUCACUGGUAACCUCGCCGAGAAGGAGGUUGCUACUGCUACCAAGUACCAGAAGAAGGCUUUCCCCAAGGGUAUUCCCGAGUGUGGUGCUGAUGCUCUGCGCUUCGCCUUGGUUUCUUACACUACUGGCGGUGGUGAUAUUGCGUUCGACGUCCAGGUCAUUCACGGUUACCGCCGUUUCUGUAACAAGAUCUACCAGGCCACCAAGUUCACCCUGGAGCAGCGCGAGUUCUCCCAGUCUGCUCAGAUCGUCUACCAGUACUGGUACAGCCAGCUCUGUGACGUCUUCAUCGAGAACUCCAAGUUCCUCCUGGCAGAGGACGUCCCCGCUGAGGUGCAGGAGUCUGCCAAGCAGACCCUCUACACUGCACUGGAGGGUGCUCUGACCCUCAUUCACCCCAUGAUGCCCUUCGUCACCGAGGAACUCUGGCAACGUCUCCCCCGCCGCGAGGGCGAUGCCACGAUCUCGAUCAUGAAGGCCAAAUACCCCGAGUACACUCCUGAGUUCGAUGACGUCGAGGCCGAGACUGCCUACGAGCUGAUUCUCAACACCUCCAAGGCUGUCCGGUCCAUCAUGGCCCAGUAUGAGAUCAAGACCAAGGCCGAUGUCGUCAUCCAGACCUACGACGCCACCAGCCACAAGACGAUUUCCGACGAGCUCACCAGCAUCAAGUCGCUUGGUGGCAAGUUCCUGGGCGAUCUCAGCGUGCUUGGCCCUGAGAACACCGUUCCCCCGUCGGGCUGCGUUGUGGCUCCUGUCAGCUCCCAGGCGGCCGUCUACCUCCGUGUGUCCAAGGAGGUGGCCCUUGAGCAGGAGCACAAGGCCAAGGCCAGUCUUGAGAAGGCGCGCGAGACUGUUGGUCGCCAGCAGAAGCUGAUCAGCAGUGCUGGUUGGGAGAAGGCUAAGCCCGAGGUUCGCGAGGCCGAGCAGAAGAAGCUCCGUGAUGCCGAGAGCGAGGCCGCUCGCUUGGAGGAGCAGAUCCGCGAAAAACCCAAGAACGCGCGCACCGCGCGCAUCCUCAAAGCCAAAGAGCCGCAACUUAUCGAGCCCCCGAAACGGACUCUUCUCCUUCACGGAUCUAAAUGCCCUCAACCGCUGCACACGGUGCUGAAGACCUUCCACUCGCUGACUCGGCCCAACUCGGUUCUAUUCCACAAGAAGAAUGCCAACAUCCACCCCUUCGAGAGCGUUGAGAGCCUGGAGUUUUUGGCCGACAAGAACGAGUGCGGUAUGGUCGUGUUCGGAAGCAGCAACAAGAAGCGCCCCAACUGCCUGACGCUGGCCCGGGUGUUCAACUCCAAGAUCCUGGAUAUGUGUGAGCUGUUGUUGUUGCCGAAUCAGGACCAGACGGCUGGAUUGGAGAGUCUGCAGAUUGGUAUUGGCAUGCGGCCGAUGCUGUUGUUCUCUGGCAGUGCUUGGGAUGAUGAGACGUCGACGCCGCAUGUUAUGCUGAAGAGCAUGUUUGUGGAUAUGUUCAAGGGAGAGACGAGUGAUAAGAUUGAUGUUGAGGGGUUGCAGUAUGUGUUGAUGAUUGGCGCGGAGGAGGCCACGGACGGACUGGCGCCUGUUGUGCACCUUCGCUGGUACAAAUUGCGGACGAAGCGCAGUGGGCAUAAGUUGCCUCGUGUGGAAUUGGAUGAGAUUGGUCCUAAGUUUGACUUCAAGGUUGGACGUCUGCAAGAGGCGCCGAGGGAGGUCAUGAAGGAGGCCAUGAAGCAGGGUAAGAGGCCGAAUGAGGAGAUCAAGCUCAAGAAGAACAUUGGGUUGGAUUCGAUCGGUGAUAAGAUCGGCCGCGUGCAUCUGGGUAAGCAGGAUCUUAGCGGUCUGCAGACUCGUAAGAUGAAGGGUUUGAAGCGUCGUGCUGGUGUCGAGUCGGAUGACGAGGAGGGUGAUGCCGAUAUGAUGGAUGUGGAUGAGAUCUCGGAGGAUGAGGGACGCAAGCGGACGAAGACGGCCUGAUGUGCUUGAUCACACUACAGUUUAUUCAUUUCUUUGAUGCGCAUACUGUCGUCUACUAUUGUCUAUCUACUAUCUAGUAUAGUCUACCUCUCUAUCGGCGUUCCGGGGGUUUGGAUUUCACUCUUGACUGAGGUCAAAGCAGCUCGCUCGGACCGGUAUUGUUGAUAUGUGAUGAUGUUUUAG